GUCUGUUUGAUAUCCACACCAAAGGACAAACACCUUACAGCUGUGGCAGUAUCAACGACAAUCAUGGCUUCCAGCUCCUGGAGGCCUUCCACUUCGCCCUGGAAUACGCUAACAACCGUACUGGUAUUUUCCGUAAUGUGUGGCCAGAGGUCACAUUUGGCGGUGUAGCCCUAGAUGUUUGUCAAAAUCCAACGCGUGCUGGAAAUAUGAUAGCGAACAUCCACUCCGGAACAUUGAAACUGACGACUAUGUCUCAGAGCCAGAACAUUACCAUCAACCCUGACAAUAUUGAUGUCUAUAUCGGCGCAUUUGACACCGACUCAUCAAUCCGGGUGGCAGACAUUGUGAAUCCGCUGGGAAUUCCUCAGAUCAGCUAUGGUUCCACGAGCCAGGAGCUGAUGGAUCAGUACAAAUACCGCUACUUCUUGCGUACUGUUCCCGCAGAUGACAAGCAGGCUAGGGCCAUUAUUUCCUACCUGAAGAGGUUCGACCUAAACAACGUCCAGGUCAUUACAUCCUAUGACAGCAUUGGUGUGCACAGCAAGGAGGAGUUUGCUCGUCUGGCCAGACUCAACAGGAUCUGCAUAUCCCAGAACAUCACCACUGGUGUCAGCGGCUCGAUCUCCGUCAUUGAAGCACACACCACUCUCAACAAGCUUUUCUCCUUCCGAGACGCUACAGUCGUGAUCUUGUUUGUCCAGGACCCGGAGACGCUGUUACAGUCGAUUGAGAAUAGAGAUGACGUAAGGAAUAACUUCACCUUUAUCGGUACAGACAAGCUUGGUUUCAACCAUGAGAAGUGGAACAAUGCGCGUAAGCUGAUGAAUGGUCGCCGUGCUGUAACGUUUGACAUAGAGACGGCAGAUGUGCCAGAAUUCGACAAAUACCUGGAAAACAAAAAUCCUGAAAAUUAUUUCUUUAACCCAUGGUUUGAUGACUAUUACCAGGAACUGUUUCAGUGUAACUUUGAUGGUAGGAGCACCAAGUACCCAGAACCAUGCCCGACCCAUCUUUUAGGAAUUCCCCGUGCUGAAGGCUACAUCCAGGACCCCUACGUUUUGUACGUCAUCAAUGCAGUGUUUUCUGCUGUAUUUGGCGUGGACAAGGCACUGCGCGAGAUCUGUCCCAGCAACAGCAUUGGAGUAUGUAACCUCUUCCGAACCAGCGGUGAGCGAAGACAACGAAUCAUGACUGGAAUCCAAGCCACUAACUUUGUUGAUGCCACGCAGCAGCCGUUCUUCUACGAAGAGGGAGGAGACAGUAGUCGUGGUUACAAAAUUUGGGAGCCCCUGCCUAGUGCGGAGGACAACACACAGUAUUAUCUUGAAGAU